CAUCUCCCUGCGACACACCACAGUCAUGUUAUUGUAACAUCGUAGUUACCAGUAGAUACGAAUUUAUCUCGAACUUUUUCAGUGUCACUCCGUAUAAUUGCUUGAUCGGUGUUUAUCAGUUGAAAGACCCGCGAAACCGGUUGACACGCCAAGGAACGUUUGUAUAUUGUUUCAAGUGGCGGAAGACAAGCUCAAUUAAGAAUAUUCAGUGAAUUCAUUUAUGAUUCCGACUCAGUUGUGUCUGUAAGCAACAGUUACAAACAGAAAAUGAAGUUUUACAUUCCCAUCCUCUUUGUGUGUUUUCUCAGAAUACAUUCUACUUCAACAAAGUCAAUUCUUGAGCAACUAAUUCCCAAAGAGAAAUUAGACAACUAUGGUUUAGCCAUAGAAGCCAUAUUCAGUUUAGGAAUAAGACUCCAAGCAAUUAUGGACGAGUCACCAAAUGCGAAUUUCGUCGUUUCCCCUCUCAGUACCACAGCAAUCAUCAGUCAGCUGAUGAUGGGAGCAGAAGGUGUGUUUCAAGACCAACUCUACAAGCUACUUUCUCUCCCGAAACCGGACCAUUCGUACAUGGUGAACAACUAUGGUAAAGACGGUAAUGAAACCAGACUCUUACCAUACGGCAAUUUCCAUUUACAACUUUCUGCAUUGCUCAAGACUUUGCAAAGAAGGAAACCAGGAGAGAAAUUCGAUCUUAAUCUGAGCAAUGCCCUUUUCUACAACCAGGACAUCGAAUUGAAAAACGACUUCAUGAAGUACCUUUACAAGUUGUAUGAUACAGAAAUCAAGGCGCUAAACUUCUACAAGGAUACCUCAAGCCUGAUCAACUCCUGGGCUUCGGAACACACCAACGGUCUAAUCAAAUCGGUCCUCAGCAGUGCCCCACCACCCAGUACCACCUCCAUGUUCCUCAAUUCCAUUUACUUUCGCGCCGACUGGGAAACUCCCUUCUCCGAUCUUCUGAACACUCGUGGCAAGUUUCACACCAAUGAAAACACCACUGUGGAUGUAGACUAUAUGAUGGGAAAUAUACCUCUAAUUCCGUACACCGCCACCAAAGACUACAAAAUGAUCUGCCUGCCGUAUAAAAAUAGAGAACUAGGGAUGUACUUAUUUUUUCCGAACCCGGAUAAUGAGAAUAAGUACAAUAUCAGAGCCUUCACCGAGAAGUUGAAUCCACAAGAAAUUUUCUCAGCGAUCGCAAAAUCCAAGCUGCACGACGUGAUCGUGAAAAUACCCAAACUAUCGCUUACCAACAGGGUGAACAUUCUAAAACCGCUCCAGAAGUACACAGAAUACAAAAAAGUCAGCAUAGAAUCCAAAAGUGGGAAUGGUAAUGCUAUCGACGAUAUUCUACACAAAGUUAACGAUUUCAAAAACUUUUCCACGCCAGUAGUGCAUGAUAUCAUGUUAACAGGCGCUGCUAAGGGCGUAGACCUCAGAGUUUCCGAUAUAGUCCAACAGAUGGUGUUCUCGAUAAACGAAAAGGGAACAGAAGCGGCUGCCAUAUCGCUUGGCAUUACUGAUUAUAUGGGUGGUGCUAAAGUUAUGGUUUUCAACAGGCCGUUUGUUUUUUUCAUAAGACACGAAGAGACCGACGCUCUGAUCUUCUGGGGAACUAUUGCGGAUCCUUCGAGGAACUGAUAGUUCUUAUUCCUUUUAAUUUGUUGAACAUUGUGAUUUUUGAAUGAAAUACCCGCUAUUUUCAUUCGAGAAUGUGACUGAUACUCAUACAAUUGUUUCAAGUUGUUUUUAUUAUUUAUACUAGUUUAAGUGACUUUUUUGUUAUGAAUAUAAUUAUUUUUAUAAAUGUUGAUUAUUGGUCCAUCUUUACUGACUCAGUAUUUCCCAUUUCAUAUCAUCAUUCCAUUUUGUAACAGUUCUAGUCGUCCCAGUAUGUGGAGUGUAAGAAAUCGGAAAUGUUGUCUCUAUACUUGUAUCAAAUUGUUCAGCUGUCACGAUUCUAUGAUGUUCAUCAAUAUGUAUUUUUGAAAUAUAUUUGACUCUAACUGUA